UAGUGUUUUGGGAGGUAUAAUCCAUCAAUUUUGAGGAUCAAAUUUUUUUCACUUUAAUGAAAGUACGACAGAACUACACACAGCUUCACCUAACCCAAUUGUUUCAUUGUAGUGUAGCCACAAUUUCUUACAUAGUUAUAACAUUCACUCAUGUUUUGCAUGAAAUUUUAUUUGACCUAAUGACGUCGAUUCCAUCCCGGGAAAAAAACAAGAUCUCUGCACCCUCCUCUUUCAGGCAAUUUGAAUCCUUUCGGAUUGUUAUAGACUGCACAGAUAUUGAGGUUGCUGCACUGGGAUUGAUGAGUCAGCAAAAUGCAACCUAUUUAUCAUACAGAGGAAUGAAUUCCUUUAAGGAAAUAGUUGGUGUUGCACCAAAUGGAGUCAUUACUAAUGUCAGUCGGCUGUAUCCAGGUUCUAUUUCAGACAAGGCCAUUGUGCAACAGUCUGGACUCCUUAAUCACUUGACAGCUGGAGAUAUGAUUCUGGCGGACAAGGGUUUCCUUAUCCAGGAUGUUGUACCACAUGGUGUCUGUGUCAAUAUUCCACCUUUUCUGAAUAAUGUAACUUUCACAGAGUGA